AUGGCCAAGGGCUUCUACAUCUCCAAGUCCCUGGGCAUACUGGGCAUCGUCCUGGGUGUGGCAGCCGUGUGCACCAUCAUCGCCCUGUCUGUGGUGUACUCCCAGGAGAAGAAUAAGAACGCAGAGAACUCUGGCUUGGGGCACACCACAUCCACCACAUUGAAACCCAUCAGCCCCACCUCGGCAACAUCUCCGGCCACCACCUUGGACCAAAGUAAACCAUGGAACCAAUACCGUCUGCCCAAGACACUGAUACCUGAGUCCUACAAUGUGAGGCUGAGGCCCUACCUCACCCCAAAUGAUCAGGGCCUGUAUAUCUUCACUGGCAACAGCACUGUCCGGUUCACCUGUGUGGAGCCCACCAAUGUCAUCAUCAUCCACAGCAAGAAACUCAACUAUACCUCUCAGGUGACCCUGAAGGGUGUAGGGGGCUCCCAGGCCCCUGAAAUUGACAGGACCGAGUUGGUUGUGCCCACUGAGUACCUGGUGGUGCACUUGAAGGGCUCUCUGGUGGCAAAUGGCCAGUAUGAGAUGUACAGCGAGUUUGAAGGGGAGCUGGCUGACGACCUGGCGGGCUUCUACCGAAGCGAGUACAUGGAAGGGGAUGUCAAAAAGGUUGUGGCCACGACACAGAUGCAGGCUGCAGAUGCCCGGAAAUCCUUCCCCUGCUUUGACGAGCCGGCCAUGAAGGCCACAUUUAACAUCACUAUCGUCCACCCCAAGAACCUCAUUGCUCUGUCCAACAUGCUCCCCAAAGGUGAUGUCCCACUUGAGGGAGACCCUGAGUGGAAUGUCACUGAGUUCCAACCCACGCCCAGGAUGUCCACGUACCUGCUGGCCUACAUUGUCAGUGAGUUCACCUCUGUGGAGGCAGAGACAGAGAAUGGUGUCAAGAUCCGUAUCUGGGCUCGGCCCAGUGCAACCUUGGAGCACCACAGUGAUUAUGCCCUGAAUGUGACAGUCCCUAUCCUGGACUUUUUUGCCAAGCAUUAUAACAUAGCCUACCCACUGGAGAAAUCUGACCAGAUUGGCCUGCCCGACUUCAACGCGGGUGCCAUGGAGAACUGGGGGCUGGUGACCUACCGGGAGAAUUCCCUACUGUUCGACCCACUGUCCUCUUCCAGCAGCAACAAGGAGCGGGUAGUCACUGUGAUUGCUCAUGAGCUUGCACACCAGUGGUUUGGGAACCUGGUUACUGUGGCCUGGUGGAAUGACUUGUGGCUGAACGAGGGCUUUGCCUCCUACGUGGAGUACCUGGGUGCUGACCAUGCAGAACCCACCUGGAAUCUGAAAGACCUCAUAGUGGUGAAUGAGGUGUAUCGUGUGAUGGCCGUGGAUGCACUGGUCUCCUCCCACCCGCUAUCCUCCCCUGCCGAUGAAGUCAAAACACCAGCCCAGAUCAGUGAGAUGUUUGAUUCCAUCUCCUACAGCAAGGGAGCUUCAGUCCUUAGGAUGCUCUCCAACUUCCUGUCUGAGGACAUAUUCAAAGAGGGCCUUUCGUCCUACCUCAACAACUUUGCCUACAAUAACACCAACUACCUGGACCUGUGGAAGUAUCUGCAGAAGGCUGUAGACAACCACCCAUCCCUCAAUCUUCCCGCCACUGUACAAACCAUCAUGGACCGCUGGACCCUGCAGAUGGGCUUCCCUGUCAUCACUGUGGAUACUGACAAGGGGACCAUCUCCCAGAAGCACUUCCUCCUUGACUCUGACUCCAACGUCACUCGCCCCUCAGAGUUCAAUUACUUGUGGAUCAUACCCAUCUCUUCUGUCAAAAGUGGAUCCGCACAGCAAGACUACUGGCUGAAUGGCACCAUGGAAGCCCAGAGUGAUCUGUUCAAAAUGUCAGCCUCUGACUGGGUCCUGAUGAACAUCAACGUGACGGGCUAUUACCAGGUGAACUAUGAUGAUAACAACUGGAAGAAAAUUCAGACUCAACUACAGACAAAUCUAUCGGUCAUCCCUGUCAUCAAUCGGGCACAGGUCAUCUAUGACGCCUUUAACCUAGCCAGUGCUAAAAUAGUCCCUGUCACUCUGGCACUGAACAACACCCUCUUCCUGAACCAAGAGAAAGAGUACAUGCCCUGGCAGGCCGCCCUGAGCAGCCUGAGCUACUUCCAGCUCAUGUUCGACCGCUCAGAGGUGUACGGCCCCAUGCAGAACUACCUGAAGAACCAAGUCACACCUCUCUUCAAUCACUUCAAAACUGUCACCAAUGACUGGAAAGAUCGCCCCCAAAACCUAAUGGACCAGUACAGUGAGAUUAAUGCCAUCAGCACCGCCUGCUCCAAUGGGCUUCUAGAGUGUAAGGAGCUGGUCUCGAGGCUUUUUGCAGAGUGGAUGAACAAUUCUGCUAAUAACCCGAUCCACCCCAACUUGCGGUCCACAGUCUACUGCAAUGCCAUCGCUCAGGGUGGGGAGAAAGAGUGGAACUUUGCCUGGGACCAGUUCAAAAAGUCCACACUGGUGAAUGAGGCAGACAAACUCCGUGCAGCUUUGGCCUGCAGCAAGCAGGUGUGGAUCCUAAACAGGUACCUGAGCUACACCCUGAACCCUGAUCUCAUCCGGAAGCAGGAUGCCACCUCCACCAUUAGCAGCAUUGCCAGCAACGUUAUUGGACAUCCUUUGGUCUGGGACUUUGUCCAGAGCAACUGGCGGAAGCUUUUUGAGAAUUACGGUGGUGGCUCCUUCUCCUUCUCCAACCUCAUCCAGGCAGUGACCCGACGAUUCUCCACCGAGAACGAGCUGCAGCAGCUGGAGCAGUUCAAGAAGAACAACAUGGACAUUGGCUUUGGGUCAGGUACCCGGGCCCUGGAGCAAGCCCUGGAGAAGACAAAAGCUAAUAUCAAAUGGGUAAAGCAGAACAAGGAAGAUGUGUUGAGGUGGUUCACAGAAAAUAGUUCUUAA